GAGACUGCUUCAGAUGAAAUAUUCAUCGUCUCAGCAGCUUCAGUAACAAACGGAUCUCAAAAUCUUCUUCUCAAUUUCUUCCCAAGGCUGAGUUGGUGCAUUUCAUCGUGAUAAGAUGGGGGGAGGAUUCAGGGUGCUUCAUCUUGUUAGACCUUUUCUCUCCUUUCUACCCGAAGUUCAGAGUGCUGAUAGGAAAAUCCCAUUCAGAGAGAAGGUUAUCUAUACGGUGAUCUCCCUUUUCAUAUUUUUGGUAUGCAGCCAGCUUCCGCUGUAUGGCAUACAUUCGACAACUGGGGCAGAUCCAUUCUACUGGAUGCGUGUUAUUCUUGCCUCCAACCGUGGGACUGUGAUGGAGCUUGGGAUCACUCCUAUCGUCACCUCUGGACUGGUUAUGCAACUGUUGGCUGGUUCAAAGAUCAUCGAAGUAGAUAACAAUGUACGCGAGGAUCGAGCACUUUUAAAUGGUGCACAGAAGUUAUUGGGGAUCCUUAUUGCUGUUGGUGAAGCGGUUGCCUAUGUUCUCUCAGGGAUGUAUGGAAGCGUUAGCCAACUUGGAGUUGGAAAUGCAAUUCUUAUAAUUCUCCAACUCUGCUUUGCUGGUAUUAUUGUGAUUUGUCUAGAUGAACUUCUCCAAAAAGGAUAUGGUCUAGGCUCUGGGAUUUCACUUUUCAUUGCCACCAACAUUUGUGAAAACAUCAUUUGGAAAGCUUUUAGCCCAACCACAAUUAACAGUGGUCGUGGAGCUGAAUUCGAAGGCGCUGUAAUUGCUCUAUUCCAUUUGCUAAUAACUCGAACAGACAAGGUUCGUGCACUUCGUGAAGCAUUCUAUCGGCAGAAUCUUCCGAAUGUGACCAACUUGCUUGCCACAAUCUUGAUCUUUCUUAUUGUGAUCUACUUCCAAGGCUUCCGUGUGGUUUUGCCGGUGAGGUCUAAGAAUGCCCGUGGACAGCAGGGUUCAUAUCCAAUCAAGCUGUUCUAUACUUCCAAUAUGCCCAUUAUUCUACAAUCUGCUCUGGUGUCCAAUCUCUACUUCAUUUCUCAGUUACUGUACAGGAAGUACAGUGGAAAUUUCCUAGUGAACCUUUUGGGGAAGUGGAAGGAAUCAGAAUAUUCUGGCCAAACAGUCCCUGUUGGAGGCCUUGCUUAUUAUAUUACUGCUCCAUCAAGCUUGGCAGAUAUGGCAGCCAAUCCAUUUCAUGCACUUUUUUACAUUGUUUUUAUGCUGUCAGCAUGUGCAUUGUUCUCAAAAACCUGGAUUGAAGUGUCAGGAUCCUCUGCUAGAGAUGUGGCCAAGCAGCUUAAGGAACAACAAAUGGUGAUGCCUGGGCAUCGUGAAUCCAAUCUACAGAAGGAGCUGAACCGUUACAUACCCACAGCAGCAGCUUUUGGUGGCAUCUGUAUUGGUGCACUCACUGUUUUGGCAGAUUUCAUGGGGGCAAUUGGUUCGGGAACAGGGAUUUUGCUAGCUGUUACGAUCAUAUACCAGUAUUUUGAGACAUUUGAGAAGGAAAAGGCUAGUGAGCUUGGUUUCUUUGGCUUCUAAGCCUUGAUGGGAUCUUGAAUGGUCCGUGGUGUUGUGAUUGCGUUGCUCUCAAGUCCUUUCUAAUAUGAGCUAAGAGACACGGUAGAUCUUGUCAACACCUCAAGUUUCAGAAAAACGAGAAUCUAGUUAGCUUUUCAAGGAAAGAUAGUUGCAAGUGGGAGGAGCCUGAGAAUUUUUGUUGCACGUCUUAGUGGUAGUGUUAAAAAGACUAGAUUUUAUUUUUAAUCACUUUCAGAAAACUAAUUUUGGAAUUUUCUCGUUAUUAUUGUUGCAAUUGCCGUGCAAUGUCGUAAAGCAGUAACAUUCCUUCUAUUUUCGGCCCAUACUGAUGCUAUUAACUAGCUACUGACUUGAAAUUC